AUGGGCAACAAUCCGUCGGUGGUCGGAGAUGGCGAGAGCAGCGCCUACGUCGGUCCCUCUCCAACCUUGGGCGGCAUCGGAGUAGUCUUUAUCAAGGACAAAGAUGGGGAGGCCCAGCACAUCGAUCUCAGCAAAUCGUAUUUUCCUCCACCUUCUUCCCUCCACCCGUUUAGAGGAGACGUCCUUCGGUUUGUUGACGGUGCUGAUCUAAGAAUGCAUCAAGUUGACGGCAUCUCAAUGAUUGCGGGGUAUCACGGGUCUCGCGUACGUCUUGGGUUCGAGCGAGGGCCAGGGACUGUCAUCCUGGUCGACCUUGUUCGCGACAGCGAGUUCUUCCCAGAUCAGCUCAUGCUUCCUCCUCCUGGCUUCGACUUCCCUUCUUCCUUGUUCUCGGCGGUUCCGACUCAAAAGACGAGGAUGGUGGACCAGCGAGUGAUUCACGAUCGACCGCUGGAGGAUCAGAAGAACCCUAGCAGGGACGAGGAGAUGGUCAUGUAG